GCCACCUAUACAUAACCAAGGAUGCAGAACCCUCCACCUCUAGGAAUCAUGCUUCCACCAAAUAUGGGCAGUGGAAUCCCCCAAGGAUUACCUUUGCCAGAAUGCCUCUGCCCAGCCACCCUGGAUGCCCCUAAGCAACUCAUGGUUGGGCAUGCGCUUAUUACAAUUCCAUCUAUAUCGUUCGAGAAGCUGUUCCCUGACCGGCCAGACCCGUCGCAACCUGGCAAGGAAGAGGACUUAUUUCUCGACAUAGUGAAUCCUGACGAUGGCGACUUCAUGCAUUGGCUGGUUGUAAUGGAGGGGCCGGAGGGCGAUCCUACUAGAGAUGAGAUCAUCGAUACUUAUAUUAAGACGGUUGCACAGGUUGUUAAAAGUGAAGAAAAAGCCAGGAGUAGGAUCUACACUGUUGAUACAGGGCCCUACUACUUUGCAUUUGGAGUCAACGUAUCUCCAAAACGUGCUUUCAAACUUGCUGGUCUGCCUAGAGUUCGAUGGGUUGUUGCUGAUGCGUACCUGCCUCUGAGGGAAGGUUAUGGGGCAUGGAAGCUUUGAUCUUCUAAUUCUGCCAUGAACUUUGCAUCCUGGAGAUUACAUUCUCUCAUUUAUGAAAACCGCUGCGCUUUGUUGACCAAAGCAUGAGGCAAAUGUGCUGCUUCGAUCUUUGUUCUCGGCCGACUAUACGUGCUUGGCUUUUAUUCGGGCAAGUUUUGCACGUGAUCUAUUAUGUUAAUUGGUAUUUAAAUAUAGUGAUUAAGAAAAAAAUUUAGCAGAUAAGUUUGCUUAAUGGAAACGUGUUUAGAAAGAUAAAAGUUUGUUCCAACUGCAUAUCUACCCAAGUUUGGCUUGGGGAUGGACAAAAGUGUCAUAUUUUGCCAUUGUGGUUAUUAUAUGAGUUUAUGUAGCGGCACGAGGCCUAA